AUGCCUAUCAGGCCGCCGCUGACGCCAGCAUGGAUAGUAAGGCACCAUGCACCAGCCCCUGUGCAUACUGUGGCUAUUUCGAACAAUGGGGAUCUUCUUCUUGCUGGUGAUAGUCAAGGUCGUGUCUCCGUCACGCAUCUAAGUUAUUAUCGACCACUUGUAUUUUGGAAGGCUCACAAGGACACGGUUCUUCGCGUGGAUGCUUGGGCCGGCUACUUGGUUACACAUGGUCGGGAUAAUUCUAUUCGUAUUUGGAAAAUGCCAAGUGAGGUGGGAUCUGCAACAUUCUCGAGUAGCAUGGUGACGAAUUUGCCUGAGCCGACCCUUGUUCAUGACAUGGGUGUAAACGCACUAAACUACUGUGCAUACGAUAUGACUUUAACAAAAGGAGAUAAUCUCACAUUGAAAGGCUGGCUUGUUACGCCACACACACUAGAUUCAGCGUGGCUCGACGUGUACGAAUUGCCAUCCCAAAGGCGCAUUGUUGAGGCUUUGGGCCGCAAUUCUCCACCAUCAACAUCAUCCAUUGUUCCAGGCCCAGCAGCGCAAGAACGGCGCCCUCCUGUUGUCAUGUCGCUUCAAACCUGUUUCGUGGAGAAGGUCCUUUGGAUCAUAGCGGGGUAUGAAGAUGGAUCAUUACGUGCUUGGACCACAUCGCUCUCGACGAGUGAGCCGAUGCUCAUGUGGGCACAUAAAAGUCAUGCGGAAGCUAUCAUGGCGAUAUGUGUCUCACCAAAACUAGACAGUGUUCUAAGCGUUGGAGCUGACUAUCAUAUUGUGCGAACAUCUCUUACACCGAAUGCUGUCCCAGAAGUGCACAAAGUAAGACGUCCAGGGAACGCUUGUACAGCCACAUUCUAA